GGAUCCUGCGCAUAACUCUAUUCACAAAGCGACUAUCCACACUUGUGAACUAUUCGCUUUUAUUUAAAAGUGUCCAGUGAAUUUUUUUUUUUUUUUAUUUAAAUAUCAAAAAUAAAUUCAUAAUGAAGAAUAUUGAAAUAGUUGUUAUUCUUGUGUUUUUUUGUGUCAGUGUAAAAUCAGAUUUUUGGACCGAUUUUGGUAAUACGUUUCACAAAUUACAAACAGAUUUACAAGAAAUGGGAAGAUCUAUUCAACAUGAGACACAAAAAGUGGCACAUGAAUUACAACAAGAGGGAAAAUUUAUUAAACAAGAGGCAGAAAAUUCAGCUGCUGUGAUAAAAAAUAAUAUUCGAUUACAGCAAAAUGAUAUUUUAGAAACUGUGGAACUAAUUGAAAAUGGAGUACCACCUGAAAAUAUAAAAUCGAACACAACUUCUCUUACUACGAAUGUUCACGGUAAGAUUAUUACAAUAAAAAAUACAAUAUUCACAACUGGAAACGACGUAGAAGGUGCUAUUCACAAUGUUGAAACAAUUUAUGAAGAAUCAGAACAGAAAGAUUGGUCAAUAAACACAUUUGCAUGGAAUCGCAAUGGAAGGACAAAUUCACAUAUUUCUAAUAAUGGCGGAUCACAAAUAAUUAGCAAUGGAGGUUCAAUUAUUACAAUAGGUUAAAUAAUGUCAAUUAAAUAAUUCUGGGGAAAUGUAUUUUAAUACAUUAUAUAUUAAAAUAUUACAAAUAUAAUAUAAAUUGUUUUCAAUUAUUUUUUUUUUUUUUAAAUAACAAUUGUAUAUUUUCAAAAUAAAUUUUAUUUCUAAAAAUGUAAA